UUUAUACACAACAUUUGUAUUCUAGUCCUGUGCUUAAGGUUUCCCUUCAAACCUUUUUGUCCUUUUGAAAUUUUCCUUUAGUUUGCUUUCUUUUUUUUGGUUUGUUCCAAUCAGCUUUUUCUUUGUCCAAAAUCACAUAACAUAGAGAUGGCAAAUGAACAAAUGAAACCAAUUGCUACACUUCUUUUGGGGCUGAAUUUUUGCAUGUAUGUCAUAGUUUUAGGCAUUGGUGGAUGGGCCAUGAAUAAAGCCAUAGAUCAUGGUUUUGAAAUAGGUCCAGGAUUCGAUCUUCCCGCACAUUUUUCACCGAUAUACUUCCCUAUGGGAAAUGCUGCAACUGGAUUCUUUGUGACAUUUGCAUUGAUUGCUGGAGUUGUUGGGGCAGGAUCAUUCAUUUCAGGACUCAAUCAUAUUCGUUCAUGGACUUCAGAGAGCUUGCCAUCUGCAGCUUCAGUUGCUUCCAUUGCAUGGGCUCUUACACUUCUUGCCAUGGGUUUUGGAUGCAAAGAGAUUCAGCUAAAUGUCAGAAAUUCUCGUCUGAAAACUAUGGAGGCUUUUCUGAUUAUCCUUUCAGCUACACAGCUUUUCUACAUAGCUGCUAUUCAUGGUGCUGCUGCAAUAAGGAGAUAAAACUUUGAUUAAUGAUUGAAUGUAUUGGUGUUAUUUUUAUGUGAUCUUUUUAACCCCUAUUUUCUUCUCUGAAUUAUUCAUUUAUUUUUUUGGUGUGGUAAUAACAUGAUUGGAUUUGUAUUGAUUAAGAAUAAAUGUUGUAAAAAAAAUAUUAAAAAUUAAUAUCAUCUGUAUUAUUUUCAUUUA